AAGACGAAUAUAAGCAGAAUCUAAAAAAAAAGCAAACUUCCGUUCUCUCUGCUUUUCCUGCUCUUGCACCGUGUCACAGAUUUCUGACAUUUUCAAAUCAACUUCUGACUCCAGGACUGUACUCUGACCCUACAGCUGAGCCGCACCCGUGUUUAUUAUAGCGGGCGGUGGUUUGUUCAUGAUUGACACUCCGCACAGCCAAUCAGCUUCUUCUACAACCGCGGAGGUGGGACUUCCCGUACAGUAGUGCAAGUAGAGUCCAACAUGGCGGUCAUAUUGCUUGCCUGAGAGUGCAGUUUAAACCGCGAAGAAGUUCAGAUAGUUUAGGUCGAUUUCAGUGGCGGAGUGAAUAUUUAAGCAGAUUAGUGUCUGUAGACUGCAGAUAUCGGCUUUUGGAAAUGAAGGGGAAAGAGCGAUCACCGGUGAAGAAACGCUCACGGGCGCUAGAUGAUAGCCGAGACCGAGGAGGGAGCCACCCGAGCGGCAAGAAGACCGGAGCUCUGUCGACGGUUGGCAGCAACAACGGCAACGGCUCCACACAAAGUGGCGCUUCUUCCAGGAGAAGUUUAAACACCGAGAAAAGAGACAUGAGGGACUCGGACGGACAUAAUUCAUCCAGUCGGACCGGAAGCAGCUACGACUACGGAGUUGUUUCAGGGAACAAGCCGCACGUUGGCGCUGACAUCGCUGCGGAAACAUCUAGGUCCGGUUCACGCAGCGACCCGCGGCCUCUGUCAAACCCUGAAAGUGAGUACAAGACUCUCAAAAUAAGUGAACUGGGCUCCCAGCUGAACGAUGAGGAAAUAGAGGACGGACUGUUUCACGAGUUUAAAAAGUUUGGGGACGUGAGUGUUAAAAUAAGUCGAGAAAACGACGAGAGGGUGGCGUUUGUGAACUUCAGGAGGCCUGAUGACGCCCGGGCGGCCAAACACGCUCGCGGCAAGCUGGUGCUGUACGAUCGGCCUCUGAAAAUAGAGACAGUGUACAUAAACAGACGUAGAAGCCGCUCCCCUGUUUCAAAAGACAAUUUCCCACCAGGACACCGGCAUCUCCACUCUCAGAGACCUCUGUCUCCCACUGGUUUGGGGUACAGAGACUACCGGUUACAGCAGCUGGCUCUGGGCCGUCUCCCCCCUCCUCCUCCUCCUCCUCCGCCGCCUCACAUAAGAGAUCUGGAAAGAGAGAGAGAGUUUUCUAUGUAUGAGGCCAGAAACAGACCACCGUUCAUCCCUGAAUGCGCUGUUUUCCGUGAAGAGGACUUGAUGACUCCUGAAGAUGACCAGAGGGCAAACAGGACGUUGUUUCUGGGCAAUUUGGACGUCAGUGUGACAGAGAGUGACCUGAGGAGGGCGUUUGACAGAUUUGGGGUGAUCACAGAGGUGGAUAUAAAGCGGGCAGUGAGAGGCCAGAGCAACACCUAUGGAUUCAUCAAGUUUGAGAAUCUUGACAUGGCUCAUCGUGCCAAAGUAGCAAUGUCAGGGAAAGUGGUGGGCCACAACCCGAUUAAAAUCGGCUAUGGUAAACCUACACCCACGACCAGGCUGUGGGUGGGGGGGCUUGGACCCUGGGUUCCACUUGCUGCACUGGCCAAGGAGUUUGACCGUUUUGGCACCAUCAGGACUAUAGACUACAGGAAAGGUGAGGUGUGGGCUUACAUCCAGUAUGAAAGUCUGGAUGCUGCUCAGGCAGCAUGUUUACACAUGAGAGGCUUCCCUCUCGGUGGCCCUGACAGGAGGCUCAGGGUGGACUUUGCAGACACAGAGCACCGCUACCAGCAGCAACAGUUCAUGCAGCUGCCUCUCCCCCUGCCACACUAUGACUUAGUCCCUGAGCCCUUUGCCCACCGUCUUACUGACUCAGUCAGAGUGAGAGAGAGGUCCCCUCCACUUCCUGCUCGCUUCAGAGACAGGGAUCUCUACUCCACUGCUGAAUGGUCCGGCCUGGGUGUCCACGACAGGAUUCGAGGAGCAGGAUUUGAUCCCAUAGAUCGUCUGGAGAGGCGUUCACGUGACACCUGGUCAAUAGAUCAUGAGCGGGAAUUGCUCAGCAGGGACCUAAGCCGCAAAAGGAGACAUUUGGAUGAUGGCUGGCGGCUGGAUCGUUCACCUGAAAGCAAUGAUUAUGGUGUACGCCGGCAUGGCAGCUCACUAGAGCGCAGCCCUGGAGGGAGCAGCCGAGAUGGGGGACGCUACAGUGACCCUGAACGGCUGCCUCGCUCUGGCAGACCCUCCCCUGUCAGAGAGCGGCAAAACAACCAGGAAACUGGCUUUGGAGACAAGAGAAGGAGAACUCUUAGCCCAACUGAGACAGGCUCAUUCACAGAUAAGGACCAGAAACGCAAAGCCAGUGACUCAUCUAAGAGCCCAGCGAGGAAGGAGGAUCGCUCAGAAAAUCCUUCCUCCUCCUCUUUAAACUCCUCUUCCUCCAAGUUUAACCAGCAGUCUAAGGCGGUGGCUGGAGGACAGAAGCUCCAUCAGGUCUGGCAGGGUGUCCUCCUGCUGAAGAAUAGCAGCUUUCCCACAUCACUGCACCUGCUGGAGGGGGACAUAGCAGUGGCUAACAGUCUUCUGGUGGAAGGCUCCAAAGGGGCUCAAGUGUCCCAGUUGAAGAUCAGCCAGCGCCUGCGCCUGGACCAGCCCAAACUGGAUGAAGUCUCUCGUCGCAUCAAGGCCGCGGGCUCUGGGGGAUACUCCAUCCUCCUGGCUGUGCCCGGAAAAGACGAAGGGGUCCAGGAUGCCAGCAGCUCCACCGAGAGACCACUGAAGAACCUGGUGUCCUACCUGAUGCAGAAGGAGGCGGCAGGCAUCAUCAGCCUCCCUGUGGGGGGCAGCCGUGACAAGGACCACGGAGGAGUCCUUCACGCUUUCCCCCCAUGUGAGUUCUCACAGCAGUUCUUGGAUGCCUCUGCCAAAGCCUUUGCCAAAUCAGAGGACGAAUACAUGGUGAUGGUUAUUAUCAGAGGAGCAUCGUGAAAAAAAAGUGCAUAUUAUAAAUGUGUCUUUUCACCCUCAUGAACUGUCAAACUGUGAGUUGUAAAAACAGGGAAAGUAAUGGUAACAAAAUAGAAUAAGAGCAAAUGACAGGUGCAUGGUAGCCUGUAUCUCACCCUGUUCAAGGUUUAUAGAAAUGAAAGUCGCAUUGAAUUUAAUAGAUUCUGAUAAAUUGAUGGAUUUGAUUACAUAAUACAGGUGACGUUCCACCUUCUGCUAUUUAGCUACAGAUAAAUGUACUUGUACAAUGUAAAUGUACAUUACUUGAAGGGUACUCUGCUGAGAGAGCAAACAACAGUUCUGUGAAUCAUCACUAUAUGUUGCCUUAUGUCAUUGAAAAAGAAACAAUUCUUUUAUAUAUUUUCCUGCAUUGUCUGACUAUAAGGGAAGAUAAUUUAAGAUCAAAAUCCAGAGCAUUUAGCCUUCAUUUUAUCUGUCCUCAGCAUACAUUUAAUCUGCCAGUCUCAACAGGUUUCUAGUACUAGAAUAUUGGGCUAUAAAAUAAAUAAUUCAAUCAAACUGAUGUACAUAGAAAUAUUCUCUUGAUUGAGGACAUUAUCUAUUUGCUCUAAAGCUUUACCCAUUUCUCAUUAACAGACAUCCUCUAGAUGUGCAUCUGUAUUACGUUUUGCUGACCAAGUAAAAAUCUUAUCCUCAAUACUUCCUUAUUCAAGUUUUACUAUGAGAGCUUUGCUAUUUUUUCAGGUUUGACCAGUCCUGCUCAAAGCUACAGAAAAUAGAGGUAAAAUCUGUGUACCUACAAUUCAACAACAGUGUUAUUAUAUUAGUCGUCCCAAUACCUGGCCUCUACAGACUAGUUAGUUUUUAAAUAUCUUAAUCGACAUAAGAGCAUCAAGGGUUAUAGUAUAAAAAAUUACAUUAAUGUCAGUGCUACUUUCUGAUCUACAUCUGGAGGUUACGUGACAUAAUAAGGUGAAAUGAACACAGUUUUUUUGUCUGUUUUUCACAGUUUUCACAAAGCGCUCAUAUGGGGUGGACACAAGCAGCAAGAACCUGUACAUUAUAAUGCAGAUCAAUACACUCAUCUUACUAAAAAUACUGCCUUUGUAAAGCUGGAGAGAGUUUCAUGUUUCUGACCCCAUGGUUUAGGUCUGUUAUAUUGGGCUGCAUUAUAGUAUUUAGAAUUUCAAAAUCAAUUAAUCCUCUUCUUAUUCUUUUAAUUAAUUGUUUGGUCUAUAAAAUAGGUGACAUCUUCAAAUUGCUUCAAAUUCUUUAUUAUACAAGAAAGAGAAGGUGCUACUUGAAAGAGAACUUGUACCAUCAAAAGGUUUUGCUUGAAAUUGACAUAGACAAUCAUUUAUAAAAAAAAAAAAAAAAGAAGAAGAAAUUGAAGAUCAAUUUACUGUCAAUCAGCUAAUGUAUCUACUAAUCAUUUCAGCUGCAAUGUUAUUAGCACGGAGUUGAAGGAACUCCUCUCAGCCUUAACAAAACUGAAUAUCACAAGCUGUGCUGUGCUAGUAUGUAUUGUAGGUCCCUUGUUUUGAACAACAUUAUGUUUUACAGGGUUCCUUUUUCUUGUGUCCUCCCCCUCAUUGUGUUGUUUUAUUAGCAUCACAUUCAAUUUGGUUGAACAGUUAUUGGUUGAUUUAAAUUCUCCAGUUUUUUCCUCCUAUGUUAUAAUCCACUAAUGACAAAUACUACCCCAACAAAGCAUGUACUGUUAAAAAAAGAUCAUGUAACCUAUAAAUUAAGAGCUAUAUGUAUACCAUGCACAUUUCUAAUAGCUGAUAAGGAGUCAAUACGUAGAAAAUACUGCUAUACUACCAUUGGACUUGUGUGAUACACACCUCUGAAUGAUUCAGAGGAGAGGAGGCCGUUCUGCAGUGGCCUUACACGCCUUCUUCUCAAAGGACUGUCGAUGAUUUGUUUUUGUGCUUUGAUUUGAGUACUGUGUUUCAAAUGGAAAAAGAAAUUAUUUGUUCUGUAUACUCAGGAUAUCUGGAGAGAGAAAUGGACAACAUCAAUGCUCAUGGGCCUAAGAAGUAUACCUAACUGUCAGAAAAAAAACGCAAAGUGCAGCAUGCACUUGAUAGAUUUUGUCUCAAUAAAUUUACUCUUUCGUGGGAAACACAAGUGCCUCGGAAGACAACUUUUGUGACCUUUUCUGUUCUUGGAAUUGUCUAUCAAAACUCAAAAGGCUUUAUCACUUUGACAGCAGGAAGCCUUCCCAGCAGAAAGGAGAGGAAGUGUGAGAAUCGAAGUGAAGACAACCUCUCAGUUCUGUGUUUUCAUGUUGGUCAUCAUUUGUUGAAUGACGUCUUUGUGAAGAGCUUUUCAUGUGAAAUUUGGCCAUACUAAAAUACUUUUUUCAGUGCAUCUGCAAAGGCAAAUCUAGAGUCACUGUGUCUCUUCAGAUAUGUGGCUUAUUCCUCAGUCGCCUCUGGCCUGUGUAUGUCCGGAGGUGUGGCUGAGAACUAGCGGAGUGCUCAUCCCUCUGGUUUGCCACGUUGCACUUCGCCAAGUUUUGCCAAAGCCACCGUGGUUGUCUCCACCAGACGGCCUCUCAGCGGAAACACACCAGCAUUCGAAGGCCCCGGUCAUCUUCUCAUCUGGCUUUGGCAGAGUGUUGGUUCAGCGUCUGUGCCAGCUUGAGAAGGAGCAGUGUUCUUUUGUUUAGUUGCUUAUUGUUCUUGCAUUGGAGUUUUGAAGAAGAUCUCUGUGCUAGGGCCAGACUUCACUCGUGUCUCAGCCUAUGUCGGAGAAGAGGUUGAGACAGUGAGACAGCAUCUGCUUUAUUUGCCAUAAAAAGGAAGGACAGGAAGAGCAACAGAAGAGAAAAGAUUGCCAGAUUCCUGUACAGGGAAUCCUAAUCUUUAGUUGAUAUGUUGAUCUGAUUUACGCACUGUUUUUUAAAGAUUCUGUGCCAAACUGCAUAUGAAACCAAAGUGAAGAGUGUCCUGCUGUCACUGAGUCAGAAUCUGCUGCAGGAUGUGUAUCACCAAGACAGUGCAACUACUCUUCAUCACUGCUUCGUCUCCAAACUAAAGGGACCUGAGUAGCUUCGCUGCAGCCCCAGGUGUCCACACAGUGCCACGGCUGGGAUUCAAGGUUUCCUGGAGCUGUGAGGCGUAACAGGUUUGAGUCUCACCCCGGCUCAACCUGCACCUGUUCCACAGGUAAAGUAUUAAGAUGGCCUAAACAGCAGACUUAGGUAUGUAUGCAGAUGUACAGUAUUGGGUCCAACUUAAAGGCUGGUAAGAGUAAAAGAACAGACAUUCCUUAAAUUCAGUAGCCCUGCAGUAAAUAUUGGUAAAUUGGCGAACAUUAUGGUUAACAGUGCUUAUGCAAAUAUGUUAGUUUCUUUCCGUCAGUGCUGGUGAGGGUCCACUUUUGACUACUGAGCCCUGUUGCUGAUCCAACUUUCCCAGUAGAUAUAGUCUGUCAUGGUUUUUGGGACUUUUGUAAGAUUACAAAUAAUUUUUCAUUUUUCAUUUUGUCUUAAAUUCACCAGCAGUUUAUGCAGCAUCUACUCAAUAUCAUCAAACAGCUGAGUCACAGUCAGUGGUGGAAAAAGUACUCAGAUUAAGUAAAAGUAGCAAGACCGCACUGUCAAAAAUACUUUGUUGCAAGUAAAAGCCCUGCAUUCAAAAUUGUACCUCAGAAAAGUACAAAAUAAGUUUAUGUACUUAAAAGUUUCAAAAGUAAAAGCACACGUUAUGCGGAACGGCCCAUUCAGAUUGUUAUAGGUCAAAUAACUGGAGUGUUACUACUAAUACACUAACGUCUCACUAACGUAAGAAGCUGUAGCUGUUUCAUUUCUACUGCUUGGUAUAAUUUAAUCAAUAACUACAUAGUACUUUAUUAAGUGAUCGCAGGUUUUCUUUGUAAAAUCAUAAUUUGAAAAGUAACGUGCAACUGUAGCUGUCAGAUAAAUGUAGUGGAGUACAAAAAAGAGCAUGUCCUUCUAAAAUUUAGUCGUAUAAAGUAUCAUAAAAUUAUGAAUACUCGAGAAUAAGUACCAUAAAAUUGUACUUGGGUAUAACUUCAGUAAAUGUACGUAGUUAUCUGUCAAUAACAGUAAUGUUAAUGGUAUUAGGUUUCCAGUUAUCUUCCACCAUAGAGGCAUUCAGCAGCAUGUUUCAGCUUUAAUAGAGAUCUAACUUUGCAGAGGCCUGAUGGUCUUAACUUGAGUCACUGACACAUUGGUUGCAAACACUGGAAAAAUAAAGUGAAUAGAGUAUUAAUAAAAAAAAAAAAAAAAAAAGAUAUUAUGUGCCAAACAUUAGAAAACUGCUUUAGUAAACAGUAACAGUAACAAUGAAGGUUGAAUCUGAGGAAUGCUUAACAGUAUCUCCACUUUCAGUUUGUCCAACUCAUGUAGCUUUCUUUACAUGGAAAGGUUUAAAUAAUCUCUUUUAAAUUAGUGUUUAAUGCGUCGGGGGCAGGAGAAAGUUUUGCUUUGGCACAAUAGAUUUAUGUGACAUUAAUACUCAUCAGUAGGAGCACUGGUUAAACAGGCAGUGGAAUAACCUCCUCACACAGUAUGUUGUAAGCUGUGCUAUGUCAUAUAUGUCUGGUUUAGCAUUUUGUUGAUACUAAUGCCAAUAGUUUGAUCAGGUAGGGGUGAGGGGAUUGUUCACCGAAUACGAAGCGGUAGGGAAUACUUGGAUUUCUGCGGUGCACAUGUUAAAGGGAAAUGUAAUCGACGUAAGAGUUUACAUUAUCGUUUGUCCCAGGACAGUUCAGAUAACGGCUAUAAAUGUGCAUCACUCCCAUGUAAAACUAGAAACUAAAAACAGAUUUUACCCUCCAGUCGUCAUAUAAAUUCAAGAAUUUUUGUUUUUUCCCCCUUUGGUUUUAGAAGAGCUUUAUUUGAGUCUGACAGAAAGUUGUCAACAUUUGAGUUUAAAACAAGAUAUUAGAUAAAGAACAACAUCUAUAAACAGCUUGUGCUGUAUUUGUGUACUGUUCGUGCUGUUAGUGAGACGAGGUGUUGUACGGUCAAAAUUAGAUGCACUUUUACAGAAUUUAAAAGCAUUUUAAAAGCAUCUUUUGACGUAAUGUAAUAGUCUUAUUCAGAAAAUCCAGAUGUUGACUUUGUACACAGAUCAGGGAGUUCAUGCACUAAAAAAAGCUUCUUAAUCCACUAACAGCUCACUGUUAUACUGCAGUAUAUUUGAAUGGUAUAUGUGAUGUAAUUAUGAGCACAGUAAGCUAUUAUUAUUAUAAUUAAAAUAAUCAACUGACAUGAAGUUUUUAAACAUUUUAAACAAUUAACUUAUUUAUUUAUUUUUUCUUAGGUUUCUUUUAAUCUUCUGGACCCCUACAGUGUCUGGACAUGUUUUGAUUAUGAAUACUGGCUCUUAUGAAACUUUUGUCUUAUUAAAACUGUUGAGUUUUUCAGGUCUUCCCCUCAACACGGAAGUGAGGAAAAAAGAAAACUCAUGUAUUCUGUUGUCUCUGAAAAAACAUUUACCUGCAGUAGGACUGAAUGAGCUUGAAUGAACUCUGAAGUUAUAAAGUUGUUGCUCAUUCAAGGAAUUCAUCAGACAAGAGAAACUGUGGUGAGUACAAUUUAGAUUUGCACUGAUCGUAUUUAUACCUGUAGUAUUUUAUAUUUGUAUUGUAAAUUACAAUAAAUGUCUCCUUAAAUAAAGGCAGAUAUUUUAGAAACA